ACGGAAGUAUUUUUGCACAGUCGCAAGUACGUGAUGUGUCAAAAAAAAAAUGGAAAGAAUUUUCUGACCGUUUGCAUUGGAUCUUACAACCACUGCCACAUCAGUGGUUAGCACGUGUUUUUUUUGGUACUUGGAUAAUGUACGGAAUAUCAUACGGGAUGAGUGUGUACUGAAUGACGUUAAACGCCGCAGUGACGAUGAGAACCAGCGAGCUUGUGAAAUGCAGCCAAUGACAUUAAAAAGUGUGUGUGCGCUGUUUUAGGUGGACCGGGACAGCGGCAGAUGGUGCGAACUGACCAGCGCCCCCCACCCAUCAAGCAUCCAGCCCUGUCAGGUUUCAUUUGUCCGCUCUUCAGGUAGGAAGUAAGCAGUGGGCAGGGCCGUCCAGCAAAGUAGGCGGGAUGCCCGUUGAGGGUGGGAGCAGCGGCAGCUCUGCCUCAGCUGCUCGUCACCCCAAACAAAAGCGCAAGGCUCACAGCCUGUCUAUUCGGCGCACGAACAGUACGGAGGAGAGGCCACCUGGCAUCCACAGAGGAGACAUGCUGGAGGGACAGGACUCCAAGAUGCCCCCCACUCUACGUAACAAUCUUCUCGACCUAUUUGGCCAGAUUGAACGAGAGUUUGAAAAUCUCUACAUCGAAAACCUUGAACUACGACGGGAAAUUGAUUCCCUGAAUGAACGUCUGACUGGCGACGGACAGAAUCUUGAGGGAGGAGAUUCCUCCAAGGGAGCCCUGAAAACAAAAGCCAGCCACAGCACCAGCCAACUGUCACAGAAGCUGAAGACGACUUACAAAGCCUCUACUAGUAAGAUUGUGUCCAGCUUCAAAGUCACUACAGGGUCCAGAGCUCUAUGCCAUCUGCAGAAGGAGUAUGUUGGCCACCGAGACGGAAUUUGGGACCUCAGUGUAACCAGAACUCAGCCAGUGGUCCUGGGGACCGCAUCAGCAGACCACUCAGCCCUGCUUUGGAGUAUAGAGACUGGUAAAUGUCUGCUAAAGUAUGGCGGCCAUGCAGGAUCAGUCAACUCUAUCAAGUUCCACCCCACAGAGCAGAUGGCCCUCACAGCCUCCGGGGACCAGACGGCUCACAUCUGGCGCUACAUGGUGCAACUACCGGCCCCCCAGCCACCACCAGAUGUCAGUGCGCCGUGUGACGAUGACCAGGAUUCUUCAGACAGAGAAGAAGGCGAGGUGGACGGUGAAGGCCCUUGCGAGGUGCCCACUGUCCGGGUUGCUACGGCCACCCUGAAAAGUCACCAGGGUGUCGUUAUCUCAGCUGAUUGGCUUGUGGGCGGCCGACAAGUGGUGACAGCUUCUUGGGACCGUGCCGCCAACCUUUAUGAGGUGGAGACAUCUGAACUUGUGCACACUCUCACCGGCCACGACCAGGAGUUGACCCACUGUUGCACCCACCCCACCCAGCGGUUGGUGGUCACCUCAUCCAGGGACACCACCUUCAGAUUGUGGGACUUCAGAGAUCCAUCCAUCCACUCCGUCAAUGUCUUCCAGGGACACACAGACACAGUGACAUCAGCAGUGUUUACGGUGGGUGACAACGUGGUGUCAGGGAGUGAUGAUCGCACAGUUAAGGUGUGGGAUCUGAAGAACAUGAGGUCACCAAUAGCAACCAUCCGCAUGGACUCUGCUGUCAACAGGAUAAGCGUCUCUGCCAACCAGAGGAUCAUUGCUCUGCCGCACGACAAUCGACAAGUGCGACUGUUUGACAUGAGCGGAGUGAGGUUGGCCCGACUGCCUCGCAGCAACAGAAUGGGCCACAGGCGCAUGGUGUGUUGCACGGCGUGGAACGAGGAGAACCAAACAUGCAACCUGUUCACCUGCGGCUUCGACCGGCAAGCCAUCGGCUGGAACAUCAACAUCCCUGCCUUGCUGCAGGAGAAAUGAAGUCUGAUGAGACGCUAACACAAAUCCCUCCACGUAGUCUGCCGUCUCACACGUGCUUAGAAAUAAAGUAAGCCAUCUCUUGUAGUAAGUGGUCUUAAAGGUAUGAGGAUGCAGCUGGAGGCACAUCUGUGUUUUGACCUGUCGGCUCCAUUUGCACGGACUGAUUGUGCACUUUUUCUCUGUUGAUAUCACUUACACGGCACACAAAAAUGUAGGGGUACAGUGGACCCCCGCUAUUCACGGGGGAAGAUUUGUGGAUAAUUGACACCCAUUAUAAUAACAUUGGAGAAAAACAAAAUUGGGGUGAAAUUUCAGGAUGAACCUAUGUUGUGCUAUAACCUGUUCAGGUGAACUCAACUCAACCUCAUUCAAUUUUGCCGUUUAGCUCCGUGUUUGAAAACACCCUGUUGUGCAAAAAAAAAAAAAUACUGAAACAUUGACCAGUUGGACGUGCCUUUAAAGUUUUGGGUAAGGACAAAUUAAGCACACCUGUAAAGGUUAUAGUGCAUUUUAGGUUGAUCAUGAAAUUUCACCCCAAAGCCCCAUAUCCCUAACUUUUUGUGAGUAGUGUAUGUUUAUUGUGUAUUCACAUCACUGCUGUUAAGUUACUGCUGAAUGGUUGCAUGAAGAGAAAUCCAGCCGUUUCUAUUACAUUUUGGAAACAAUUUGUAUAGUGUGAUAUAUAGAAGUGUAUGUAUUGUGUUGUAGUCUUAAGUGACCUCCAUCAGAUUAUUGCAAGUUACUGUUUUACAUGCCUUUUGUUUGGAAGGACCUUAAAGAAGAUAUUAUGAUCAUUUUUAUCCUUCUAGUCUAGGUGGAGUAGUGCCUCAUGAUACAGUAAAUCAGAGCUCUUUGCUUCCUUAAAGUUUUAAAUUAACAACCACACGGUUCCAAAAAUGAUUGUCCACAGUGCUUUUUCCUGACACUAAUGUCAACAGUUCAAACUUAAGUUGCCUUGUUCCAUGUUUACAGAGGGACUAUUUCUUCUCAAGAUUUUCUUUAUUCUGCCUUUGUAAAAUGAUGCAAAGUGUUGUAAUUGAACCAGUAAUGUGUCAAGGCAGUGCAUCUUUCCACUCACUCAUGAGAAUAAUUUUUCAUUUAAUUAUACAUGGUGUUGUUGGUUCAGGAGUUGCUGUGUUCAAAUAAUUGUCCUGUAAUUCCGGAGUGAAAUAUACUGUAUCAUCACCAGCUUGUUGCCAACUCAAAUAUCUUUCUUCACUGUAAUGUUACAGACUCAACUUGUUGGUUACUGGUCCUGUUUCACUACAUGUCAAUGUGAAGUUUACAAUUUGCUUUCAACCA